AUGCUGGGAGUUACCAAAUAUCUCUUGCUUGAAUUUUGCAAUUAUCUUGACAGCGACGAGCUCAAAGACCUCGAGCUCAAGUGCCGCAGCUACGACUCGAAAGCCUUCCGUCGCAUGCUCAGCAGUAGUCUGCGUCUUCGCCGUUCCUUUGUCGGUCGCGAUUACAAGGUCAUUAGCCAGCAAGCAGCCGUCAUCCUCAACGAUCUCCUCCAUCAUGGUUGGUCAGCAAAAAGCGAGGAGAAAAUGGAGGGUCUCCAGGCGUUCUUUGACUGCUUCCGUGUACAUGGAGAGGUCAUGUCGCUAUUAUUCAUGUCCAAGAUAGAAACAAAGUUCUCUAUGUACAAGCUGCUGCUGAACAAGAAGACGGAGGAAUUGACGGCUAUGAUUGGUGUUGUCGACAAUUUCCUUAUUGCGCAAGGAAAUAUGACCGCCAAUAGUAAGAUGGGUAACAAACCCAAGCUACACAUCUUACAUCACAUCGUGGAGGAUAUCGAACGUUUCGCCACUGCUAUUCAUUUUGAAUCAGAAAAAGGCGAAUAG